UCAACAAUACUCCUUGGAACUUUAAACUUUGUGUGUGAUUGUCAGCGAUGACCCUCGCACCCUAUUUAUCCAAACAAACGAAAGAGACUUUAUAGUACCAUCUCCACUCAAUCCAAGCAUUCGUCACUCUUAUCGCUGUUCAUAUAAAAUAUGAACCAACCAAUUCAAGCAUUUCCCUCGCAUCAUUCCGACGAACCCAGCUGGGAAGAUCCCUACCAAUCAUCACCACAUAACCCAUCGCUUACAUAUCCUACGAAACGGUCUCGCAUGCCUAAAUUUAAUACCAUAUUCAGUGACGACGAAGAUGAUCACCAUCAACGCUGGAGCUCGGUCAACAAUCUCAACGGUAUCCCCUCUUUGAGCUCUGUUACACCAUCCUCGGUUGUAUCUGGUUUUGUGGACCCGGUACUUAGCUCAACUGCAUAUCAUAUUCACCUUGCCGAGAAUGCCUUGUCUACGCUGAAGCACAUUAUCCUCGAGGAAGGCUGGAAAAAGGCACUCAAGCAUAAAUCGGGAAUUGUCGUUCACAUGAAGAAUGGCAUGAAUAAAACCGACAAAACACCCAUCUUUAAAGGCGAAUAUGUUAUUCAAGGCUUUUCACCACAAUCCAUCUUUUACGUAAUUGGGAUGCGAAGACUUUGGGACGAACAAUACGAAGACGGAAGUUUGAUUGAGAAUCUAAACGAUACAACGUCCCUCACUUAUGAAAUCACUAAAGCCACGGCUACAUCUAAGCCUCGUGAUCUAGCGUUGGUAGAAAAGAUCGAGUGUACCCAGAAUGGAUCUAUUAUAUUUGCGUGCACCAGCGUCGAGACACCUCGUAUACCUCGAAUUCAAGGUCAUAUUCGAGCCAACAUCAAGCUUCAAGGUUGGAUACUGGAGCCCGUUCGUGGCCCGGUCCUAGCGACUCGCGUCAUUUACGUUAUCCAAGAAAGCAUGAAAGGCUGGGUGCCCGGCUUUGCCAAAAAAAGCUUAGCACGCCGCCCUUUGGUGAUUGCUCUUAUCAACGAGUAUUUGCAGAAAAAAGCGGAUCGAAUGCGCGCGCAACACAAAAUUCCUCAGCUAUCUUCUAAAUCUCAUAUCCGUCGACCGUCGGUUCUAAGCUACCAAAGCGAGCAGGUAUCCAAUAAAGGCAAUAAUAAAUUUCAUACCAUGCAGCCCAGUCACAACUAUUCAAUCUCGACACGCCACGACGCAAGGCGGCAUACCACGCUCACGGAUUCACAGAGGUCUAUCUUACUGCCAUCAUUGCAGAAGAAUAUCCAACGUCCAUCGACCAAGCAUAUCACGUUUGCUGAAUUCGACACCAGUAACACCACCAAUAUGCCGCCUGAGGCGGUCAUUGAGCAUGAAAUACGUGGGGAAUCCUUGAAACAGCAAAAUUUGCAAUCUCAUUCACACGCCUCACCCGUUAGAAACGAAACUCCCGAAAAGCCGGCGACUACCCCAGUUCCGUCGCCGCCAUCCAAGCAUCUUUACCCUGCACAACGCCAUAUGAAAAAGAAAGCGGACAGCUUGAAACUGCUGAAAGAACUGUUUACAUCGAUGGAUUAUUGGUCUUUUGCAGAAGAAAAGGAGUCCGUGAAACAUUACAAGUAUCAGAGAGUCAAGUCUUUGGCGCCGACCUUUAUUCGAACAGAGACUACAAUUGAUGGACAAUGGAGUGCCGAACAACUCUGUUCUGCUAUCCAAUGCUUCGGCGCGCGAAAACAAUGGGACACUGCGUUUAGAGAAGGCCAAGUCGUAGAAAGGUUCAGCCAGAAGGAAUAUUUGGUGCGCUGGAUAAUGCAGGAACAUAAUGCAGCCGAACCUUUUGAUAUUUGCGCGCUCAGUUGCAUUGAGACGGACCCUGUAUCAGGAGCCAUUUUCACAGCAAGCACAAGUGUCACGGAUUCACAGCUCCCAAUGGAUCCUCAACGCAACCGCGCGCAAAUGGUUCUUUAUGGCUGGAUCUUUACUCCCGUGAUUCAUCCUUCCACAAAGGCGAAAGCAGUCAAAGCGACGUUCAUAGGUCACGUCGAAACUCCAGGUGACGCUUCUGUGAGGCAAUGGCAGGGUCUUACAGAGCAUCUUAGUACCUGCAUGAAGCAUCUUCGUCAUUACGUCAAAAUUUACGGCUGCCCUCCUUAUAUUCGACGCGUCGCUGGAAAAAUCAUAGACGAGACCUACGACCCCAAGCGCAAUGUGUAUGAAAUGACCUAUAUCGCGAAACAUGAACCCUCCAGCUCUUACAAGACUCGUCGAAAAAGCUCGGGUGGCUGGUACACAGACAUACGGAUUUCCCAUAAAUUGUAUCCCGAAGGAUUCGAUGUUCAGACUUCCCCCUCAGCGGGCGUAUCCGUAGAAUUUCUGGAAGAUCGACAUGCAUUGAAAGUGUUCACCACGGAUCCAAAGUUAGAUCGAGGCAAUGUUACUGUGCAUCUGAUGCCUCAAGUAACGCCAAAAUCGACUUGCAAAUAUACGUGGAAUGGUGUAAAAGAUCUUUUGACGGCUGCCAAUGUGAAUUUAGAGCGACAGAAUAAAAAGCCAAUGGCGAAUCCUGCCAAGCCUGCUUCGAAAGAAAAAAAAGUCGAAAAGAAACAAGAAAAUGAGAAGAUACAAACCGCUAUAAAAGAUACAACUACCGAGCAACUUUCCUCAACACAAAUGCUGCAGGUUCCUAAAGGAUAUGUGCUUGUUCCCGAACAUCAGGUAAGGCUACCCAUUGCCCCAACCUUUUCUGAGCGUCUCACCGACAAAUUCUAUAGACAAACCACAUCGUAAUCAUC